AUGAUCCAAAAGCUGCCUGCCACACCUCCCGUCAAAAAUAGUAUCAAGGAAAUGGCUCUAUGGAGCACAUUUUAUGACUCCAUGCUUUCAUGCCUCCUUGCCGAUCCUUCCCGGAAAGUGCACCUCCAAGGGGUCGACACAAUUCCAAUAACGCGACCAGAUGCAAUCAUCGUGGAGAAACAGCAGAGACUCUUUGUGCGAUCCCCUGGAUAUGGUGAGACGAAAGCUGAAGGAAGAAGCUCCCAUGAUAUUUCUGUGAAAUUCUUCCGCCUCACAGUGUCCAACAAGGACACUGUUGAUGUGCACCAAUUGGAUUCGGCUUUCGAUUUCCAGAUUCACGGCUUCAUUAUCACGUUCUACCUAUCCCAACUUCUCCCGUCUGGAGUAAAUGUCAUGUUCGAGAUUGCGCGCACCGGUUAUUCCGUGAUCGCUAGAGGGAUUGCCCAUAUUUUUUAAUCUUCGUAACGAACGUCCACUUGUUACUAGCAAUUAAUGAUGCGUUAUGCCGUUUUUGUCCAGCAAUAUCGUCCUAUCCCAAGCAACUGGCAAGAUUUUGUGGAUGACUAUGAAGACACCUCGCGUACGCCCAUCGCUGCGUAUGGGCCAGUUGAUUGAAGUAGUGAAUAAUAUCUAUAGUUGUUCGUCCUUGUUGCUAAAGAUUAUUUCUCGUAUCAAAGAACCUUAUUGUUUUACGCGUAUUAGGAAAUUCGUUUACCCCGUUUCAUUUCAUUGUCUUUUCAUCUUGUUUACGUCUGAGUGCAGAAACAUUCAUCUCGCAGCCAAACACACCCCUUUUGCUCCAGUCACAGCAGCAUAAUUUGAGAGUUAACCAAUCAAAAUAGGAGAAUGGCAGCUAUAAAUUCCUUUUUUUUGGGGGGCGGGGGGCGGUUCCGACCCUUCUUUC